UUGUCUCAAGCCGUUAUCGGUGAAAAUUUAUCUUAAUCAUGAAGAAGUAUUUGAUUCUUCUCAAAAUAGUUACAACGUUUCUCAGAAAAGUUACCAUCGACUAGACUAUGUAUGCAACGAAUGGAAGACUAUGCAAAUUCCAAUUCCCAGCAAGGAAAAGAAAGACAAAGAACACUUCGAAUUUUCAUUUCCGCAUAUUCCUGAUAUGUUACAUAUAACUCAGGAUGAAACUGAUUAUAUGUGGUAUACAGGCGUUGGUACCAUUUAUUGCCCGUUUAAAGGAGAAAAUACGCCCCAUUGUCUGAAAAUCCAUAUGGAAUUGGAAGCUGCUGACUAUGUUCACGUCUUUUUAAACCGUAAAUAUGUAGGAUCUUGUAGGAGUCCAUGCUAUGAUGAGAGAUUUACAGGAAGAAGGUCUGGAUUUUCCAAAUCCUUCGAUUUAGAAGAUUUCGCCCCCAUGCAAAUUGCAGCGGACAAGGAUGGAACUUACAAAUUCGAGCUUGCUAUUUUGGUUUGCUCUCUUGGUCUUAUUAAGGGAGAGUUUCAGCUAUGGGAAAAUGGCAGAAUGGAACAGGAAAGAAAAGGAAUUUUUUCUCAUCCCAUAAUGUGUUUCCAGUUGUUAAGUCCCAGUGGCAAACUCGAAACUGUUCAUGCUGCAUUCGACUCCAAGUGGAGUAGUAUACCUUUGUACAUCAGCAAAGAGAAUAGUCCAAGUAUUUCAUUUCCAAUUACAAGUCAGCCACGGGUGGGACCCCAACUUUGGCAAGCGAAGGUUCAUCUCAAAGCAAACGAACUUCAACAGAUGAAAUAUGGAUUAUUGUUGGAUAUGAAAUGUAUGUCUAAAGGACUUGUGUAUUGGAACAACUUUUGUUUGGGUCGAUACUGGAUCAUAGAUUAUAUAGAGAAGGAUACAAGCCUCCAUCGAUCUCCGAUUGUUGAGGAACAUAGUAGCUUUUAUAGUCAGCAGUAUUACUUUGUUCCUAUAGCACUUGUUUCCAAUAGUAAUGACAUUUGUAUCUUUGAAGAACUUUGCGGUGACCCCACUAAGAUUCAGUUGUUGUCAAUUCAGUGAUUGCGCUCUACAAUAAAUACAUUUGUUGCGAUACGUGGUCUUUCUAUACAUUUUCUUGGUCACUCAAUACGAAUACAAACAAAAUAAUGAUAGUGUUGGAACUUGUAUGAUUUCUGCGUUUGGCUAGAAAAUUGCCAAAGAGACAAUCGACACCAAUCUAGUUUCCCUAAAGAUUUUGAUAAGAAGAGCAGGAGAUCCGAGAUAGUAAACCUUCUAAGAAAAACAAGGGUGAAUAUUGUUGAUUUUAGAAACACAAUUCAAGCAGUUUUAACGGAGUAAGAGUUCAACUGCGAAGUGUGCAAACUGGAAUUUCAAAAUGGACUCUGAAUACAAUCUAUACUCUCUGAGAAAUAGACUUUACCUCCGUUGAAAUUCAACGACAAAAGGAAAAGUGUCACGGUGGGUAAGAAGCAAAUAUUUCCCCCAAUAAAUAAAGAUAUGCGUCUUUCUUUUGCCUUUCUAAAAACCUUGGUUGACGUUGGCAGUCAUUUGGGCGUGACUCGCAUCAUAUGUAGUCUGUAUUCCUUGACUCUUUUUCGGAAACAUGAACACUUUCCUGUGGUUUUUCGAAAUAGUUGCUGAUGCCGCUAUACAAAGCAGUCUUGUCAUUUGGACUUGAGGAUCGCUAAGAUGCUAUGAAUUUGCAGCAAAAAAAUUGUUGACAAUAUGGAAUUGUGAUUGAUGU